AGGGAUGUCCUUCCCAGUGCCGUUGGUGCCGCUCUCAGAGGAGAACGAAGAUGCCAUGGAGAACCGGGGCUUCCGUGCUCUGCUGCGGGAGGUGGGGCUGCGGCCCCCUGCCAACGAGCAGGAGUCCUUCUGGCGCAUCCCUGCUGCCCUCACCCCACAGCAGCUGCGCCGUGCAGCCGCCUCCAUCACCCCCCCGAGCCCUCAGGGACCCCCCCCAGGAGCUGCCAGCAGCACCUCAGGACCCUGCUGGAGGUGAAGGUGUGGGCUGGGGCUCAGGGAGCAGUGUGACGGGUGCAGGAACCUCCCCUGAGCCCCUCUGCCCCACAGCAGAGCCGCUGCCAUCCCCGGGAUCGGGCUCAGAGAGCGAGGAGCCCCUCACCAUCCCCGCACCAUCAGGCAGCAAACGGCAGCGGCAGCUCGACAGUGAGGAUGAGGAUGGCGACAUGAAGGCAGAGCUGCCCCCCCCGGAUUCCCUGUCAGAGGAGGACGAGGACCCCCACCCCAUGGGCAGGAGAAAACGCAUCCGCCGCCUUCUGGAGGAGGAGGAGGAGGAGGAAGAUUGAGCCCCCCCAGGACAGCAGUCCCUGCAAUGCCCCCAUUCUGCUUUUUGUACAGGUUUUGGGGGUUCUCUGUGGGUUUUUAAGCUCUUUUUAAAGGCGCGGUGCUUUUCCUUCCCCUGUCCCCAUUUUACCUUUCCAUGCAGGGUUUGGGUUUAGGGUUUGUUUGUUUGUUUCUGGCACUGUUUUACAUCGGGAACGGCACCAAAUAAAUCAAUGCACGAA